CUGCGGUUGUCCCGUGUCUCACCGGACUGAGUUCGUCACGGCACAUUUCUCCUCUGAUAGGACACCGACGCUGCUUCCCUCCCACCCUCCUCUCCGUGUUUACUAUAUGUGAGAUAGGCCGUAUAAAUCCCUGAGUGUGCGCAGAUCGCAUCCUCAGAGAAUGGAAAAGGAGGAGGGAGGAGGUGUAGGAACAGGAAAAACAAGCGAACCGAAGGAGCGUAGCUGUGUCUACUGCUCACUGGGAUAAACGCACGAGAAGACGCAGACUUCCAGUCAGGGCGGAGAAACAUCCGAGAGGAGGAGGAGUGAGCGUGGAUGCUGACUAUACCGACAAACCCAUAAAGGAAGAAUUAUUAGAUGGUUGUUAUUAGAAUCAAUCAUAAACUAUAAAGUGGAAUAAGCUUUUGCAGUCACCAGCGAUGGACGUCAGCUGUCAGCACUGAGUUCUCUACUUGUUCUGACGACCAGAGGCCCUCAUGGCGCUUAUUCAUGAACCUCGUGUCCCCUCUCCUUCUCUCUCCGGCUUCAACUCACCCCUCUCUGAUCCUCCAUCCUUUCGCCGCCUCGAUGACGAAACACCCUGCACCCCAGAAAUGGACCUUACCCCGACCCAGUGUGUCCUUCGCAACGUACUCUCCAUAGACACAGGAGGUGCUGUCGAGCCCGGGGGUGGAGGAGGAGAAGAGCAGACUGCUGGGCACAACCAGACACCAGGCGAGGAACAACAGGAGCACUUUGCCAACAGUAUCCUGAAGCUCCACGAGCAUGAUAGGAGUCCAGGAAGGACAGAGGGAGAGGGGCAGGAGAUGGAGAGCAGUGCAGUCAGGUGCCAGGUGGAUGACGCCAGGCUACAGUGCCAGUCUACCGGAGGGGGAGGAGGGUUUCUGGAGGGGUUGUUUGGGUGUCUGCGGCCUGUCUGGACUAUGAUUGGCAAGGCUUACUCCACAGAGCACAAACACGGCCUUGAUGAGGCGUGGGAGAUCCCAUUCGAGGAGAUAUCUGACCUGCAGUGGGUGGGCAGCGGAGCCCAGGGCGCCGUCUUUCUGGGCAAACUGUACGGACAGGAAGUGGCUGUAAAAAAAGUGCGAAACAUCAAAGAGACGGACAUCAAGCACCUGCGCAAGCUCAAACACCCCAACAUCAUCACUUUCAAAGGUAUUUGUACGCAGGCUCCAUGUUACUGCAUCAUUAUGGAGUACUGUGCCCAGGGACAGCUGUACGAGGUGCUGAGGGCAGGCAGGAAGAUCCAUCCAUCCCUGCUCAUGGACUGGGCCAUGGGCAUUGCUGGGGGAAUGAACUAUCUUCACCUCCACAAGAUCAUCCACAGAGACCUCAAGUCACCAAACAUGCUGAUCACUUACGAUGAUGCAGUGAAGAUUUCUGAUUUUGGCACAUCCAAGGAGCUCAGUGAGAAAAGCACCAAGAUGUCUUUUGCUGGUACGGUGGCCUGGAUGGCUCCUGAGGUCAUACGCAACGAACCCGUCUCAGAGAAAGUGGAUAUUUGGUCAUUCGGUGUCGUGCUGUGGGAGAUGCUGACAGGAGAGGUGCCCUAUAAGGACGUGGACUCCUCCGCUAUCAUCUGGGGGGUGGGCAACAACAGUCUACAUCUGCCUGUACCUGAUAGCUGCCCAGACAGCUUCAAACUGCUCCUGAGGCAAUGCUGGAACUGCAAGCCAAGAAACAGGCCUUCCUUCCGACAGAUUCUCCUGCAUCUGGACAUCGCCUCAGCAGAUAUCCUGUCGACUGCACAAGAAACGUACUUUCAGUCUCAGGCGGAGUGGAGGGACGAGGUGAGGCACCACUUUGAGAAGAUCAAGUCUGAGGGGACAUGUCUUCACAGGCUGGAUGAGGAGCUGAUCAAACGUCGCAGAGAAGAACUCAGACAUGCGCUGGACAUCCGGGAGCACUACGAGAGGAAACUGGAGAGAGCCAACAAUCUCUACAUGGAGCUUAACGCCAUCAUGCUGCAGCUGGAGAUCAAAGAGAAGGAGCUUCACAAGCGGGAGCAUUCACUGGACAAAAAGUACCCGGGUUGCUUCAAGCACCAAAGCUCCAGACAGUCGGCCUCCUCCAACUCGAUGGAGAAACUCAUGAAGAAACGCAACGUACCUCAGAAGCUGCCUUCACACAGCAAGAGGCCAGACUUACUAAAGUCAGAGGUCAUCCUCCCCAAACUGGACUCUUCCAUGACCCAGGUCACAAUCCCCAACAAGGGCUCUACCUCCCCUGGCCGCUCACGGCGAGGAAAACCCCGCUACAGGAAGGCUGGUAAAGGCAGCAGUGGGGACUUGGCUCAGUUGAAAGCCACUCUCUCCUCUUCAUUAGCCAUUGUCAACGCCACCUCAUCUGUACCCAGCAGCAAGCAGCAUAUGGACCCCAGUGCAGCCCUCAGGGGCCUGCAGCACGAUCUGCUGCUCAAGAAGAUGUACUCCUCAAGUCCGGAUCUCAUUUCAACCACCUUGGAGGCUGAAGGCCGGAGGAAGGGGCAGGUCGGGCCGGGGCUGGACAGAGCGGGCAGCCAGAGCGCCUCAGCCGGGCUGGGGGAAAGUAGAAGGACUGGAGGGCCUGAGGAGGGGCCGGAUGCGGGUUUAGGGACUGAUGACCUGGUAGAAACACCUCCACGCAGCGACACGCCCAGUGAGGAUGCAGCUUCUAUCCCGUUCUCCAGUAGCCCCGACUCACCGUGCGGCAGGGGAGCAGCUGCAGGGAGGGCGUCUGUACUCGGGAACCCCCGUGUUUCCCACGAGGGUGAAGAGAAGGAAGACGGGACGGUGAUCACACGUUCACCUAGAAGUCAGCGUCUCACUCCUGCAGCACUGCUCUACAGGGCAGCAGUCACACGCAGUCAGAGACGUGGAGUGUCGUCAGAGGAAGAAGAAGGAGAAGUGGACAGUGAAGUAGAGUUGCCAAGGAGACGGCGUCCCGUUAGCAUGACCAAGUGCCAGUCCCUGUCCACCUUCAGCUCAGAGAACUUGUCGGUCUCGGACGGCGAGGAGGGAAACACUACCGACCACUCCCACAGCGGCACACCGGACGUGGUCAGCACCAACACUGACGAGCGUCUGGACGACAAGAGCGACGAUCUGCUGUCUCAGGGCUCUGAGAUUCCCGCUGACCCGUCUGAACCAACCCAGCUGGGCUCUGACGGGCUGUCUGAGAAGGAAGCUAUUCUUCGCCAAGUCAAGACACAACUUGCUAGUAAUGAUCACAAUUAUGAGGGCCUGUAUGAUGACUCGGACUGUGACAGUGCGGAGCUGGACCAUUCAGGCAGUGCGGAACCCAGCCAACCUCCAGCCAACUGGUGAAAAUCUGACACAUCAACCCACUCAAACUCCUGCAGAUCUGGUCUGUGAAUGCCUCUUUAACUCUAACAGACCUUUGAAUACACAGAGUCACGAGCAGGGACAUUGCAAAGGCAGGAAAUGAAGGCGCAUCUUCAUCAUCACAAGCAGGAACACAAAACAAACCCUUGGUGAGUGUCUUCAAAACCCUGAUAUUCUUGGGGGGGUGGCGGGCGAAAACCCCCAGAAAAUCCCAUUUCAUUUGAGAUAAAAUGCCUCACAGUGAUGUGAGACUGAAUUGGGGCACAGCUGAGCAGACAGAGCAUCAGCCACCAAAGCAACUGGCCCAAGAUCAGCUUUGCAAAAACACCUCAACAACAGAGGCCUCAGUCAAAGAAGCCAUCCACACGACUGUCUAUUAAUGUCUCUUUUCUCUCCUGUCUUUUUUUUAUCUCCAUCAAAAUGUGUCAUGUUAAUUCACAUCAUGUCAUAUGAGAACAUGAUCAUAAGAUCCUAUCAGGGCGCAAUUAUAUUUUAAUGUUUGUAUUGUCAACAUCAAUGGGGCAGCCACUGAUGUUGCUACUUGCACUUAAUUUAUGAAAUGUACCGAUUUCCUCGCGAUCAUCAGGUUAUAUUGCAUUUACUCUCAAAAUGUUAUGCACUGACUAAUUUAUUGCUCUUUUACAGUUAAAAAAAAGUU